AUGGAGCAUAUGGAGACAGAUAACAAGACAGUAAUAACUACAUUUAUUCUUCUGGGAUUUGAGAAUGCCCCUGCACUUCAGAUUCCUCUCUUCCUGGUUUUCCUAAUAAUUUACAGUAUGACCGUGGCUGGAAAUAUUAUCAUCAUUGUGUUAGUAAUCACAGAUCAUCACCUUCACAUCCCCAUGUACUUCUUCCUUGGAAAUUUGUCCUGUUUGGAGACCUUCUACACUUCAACCCUUCUUCCCAGGCUUUUGACAAGUUUCCUGACAGGGGACAGAACCAUUUCUGUUGAGGGCUGCUAUAUCCAGCUUUACUGGUUUGGUACACUUGUGAUUGCUGAAUGCUACCUACUGGCAUCAAUGUCAUAUGAUCGUUAUUUGGCAAUAUGCAAGCCCCUCCAAUAUGCAACUCUCAUGAACAGAAGAAUCUGCCUUCUGUUGUCAGCUGUUUCUUGGCUUUGUGGGAUAACAAUUAUGACUAUAAUAAUGAGUUUGAUGUCACAGCUGAAAUUCUGUGGCCCUCGUGAAAUUGAUCAUUUAUUUUGUGAUUCAACACCAGUGAUUAAUUUAUCAUGCAGUAAAACAACUGUGGUGACACUAAUGAUACUCACAGUAUCUUUCAUAGAUACUGUUCCUUCUUGUCUCAUGACCCUGCUGUCUUAUAUUUGUAUAAUUGCUGCCAUCAUACGAAUCCCUUCUUCAGAUGGAAGAAAAAGAGCCUUUUCUACUUGUUCUUCCCACCUCAUUGUAGUUUCCAUAUUUUAUGGGUCAUUGAUAUUUGUGUAUGCACUACCAAAAAAAGAAGCUCUGAGAGAACUCGACAAGAUCUUCUCAGUCUUCUACACAGUCUUAACCCCCCUGAUUAAUCCACUUGUCUAUACUCUAAGAAAUAAAGAAGUAAAAAAAGCUUUAGGGAGGUCUAUAAAUAAGUUUGAGAUUUCUAAGUGGUUUGUUAGAGAUGGAGAAUAA